AUGAGCAGCGGCAGCGCCGGUUCUUCCCGGCCCCGAACGAGCUCCUUCGCAGACCCGUCCGGCGGGGCUCCCGCCACGGCCCCCACCGCGCCCGGCCCAACCUCGGGGGCAGCGCCUGGGGGCAAACCCGGGGGGGCUGCCGGGCCUGGGCCGGGGGGAGGCGGGACCAGCUCGACGGUCGCCUUCCCGGGGCUCAAGCUGGGGCGAGAUAAUAGUAAAGUGACCACGGUGGUGGCCACACCCGGCCAGGGUCCUGACCGCCCUCAAGAAGUCUCAUAUUCCGAUAUCAAAGUGAUCGGCAAUGGGUCCUUUGGCGUUGUCUACCAAGCCCGAUUAGCAGACUCUGGUGAGCUGGUGGCUAUCAAGAAGGUAUUACAAGAUAAACGUUUCAAGAACCGGGAGCUACAGAUCAUGCGGAAGCUGGAUCACUGCAAUAUUGUCCGCCUGCGAUAUUUCUUCUACUCGAGCGGAGAAAAGAAGGAUGAAGUUUACCUUAAUUUAGUCCUGGACUACGUGCCCGAAACGGUCUAUCGUGUGGCCCGCCACUUCACCAAAGCCAAACAGACCAUCCCUGUCAUCUAUGUGAAGGUAUACAUGUAUCAGUUGUUCCGCAGCCUCGCUUACAUCCAUUCUCAAGGUGUGUGUCAUCGAGACAUCAAACCUCAGAAUCUGUUGGUGGAUCCCGAUACAGCAGUACUGAAGCUUUGCGACUUCGGCAGCGCGAAGCAGCUGGUGCGGGGCGAACCAAACGUUUCCUACAUCUGUUCUCGCUAUUAUCGUGCGCCUGAGCUCAUUUUUGGAGCCACCGAUUACACUUCAAACAUAGAUAUCUGGUCCGCCGGCUGUGUGCUGGCAGAGCUGCUCUUGGGGCAGCCCAUCUUUCCUGGGGACAGCGGAGUGGAUCAGCUCGUGGAGAUCAUCAAGGUGUUGGGAACACCGACACGAGAACAGAUACGAGAGAUGAACCCCAACUAUACAGAGUUUAAGUUCCCCCAGAUCAAAGCACAUCCAUGGAUAAAGGUGUUUAAGCCUCGCACGCCGCUGGAGGCCAUCUCGCUGUGCAGCCGCCUGCUUGAGUACACCCCAGCCACGCGCCUCUCUCCCCUGGAGGCCUGUGCCAACAGUUUCUUUGACGAGCUGCGCGAGCCCAACGCCCGGUUGCCCAAUGGCCGUGACUUGCCCCCGCUCUUCAACUUCAGCCCUGUGGAGCUGUCCAUCCAGCCCGGGUUGAAUUCCAACCUCAUUCCACCACACAUCCGGUCCCAGGCGAGCGCAGUCGGGUCUGUGUCUGGCUCUGGAACCUCGCACAGUGAGGGAAGAAUGAACACUGACAGGAGCCAGGUCACACCAGGAGACGGUGCAGGACCCAUUGCCAAUACAUCCUGA